UAAUAUGCACAUGACAUGUGUGCUAAACUGUUGGAAAGGACUAUAAAUACAGUGGUUAUACAGGGUCUAGAGAAACAGAAAUCAGUUGUAUCGCUGAGUCCCCAGAUCAAAAUGCUGAAGGCUGUGGUGUUGCUCUUUGCAAUUGUCCUCAUUCUGCACCCUGAACCAGGUGCAUUUCAAAAGUAUCGAGACACAAAAUACUGCAUAAACAAUGGUGGACGCUGCACAAAGUAUCCUUGCAAGCAAAAUGAAGACUACAAAACUACCUGUAAUAACUAUAAGUGGAGAUGCUGCACACCAAAACAAUGGUACUGAUCAAGAAGAGUGGGAAAUGCUAAUCCUCAGUCAUGCUCAGUCUGGUUAAGAAAUGCAGUCCAUUAGCUACAAGGCUUCCUUUAUUAAUGUCCACGUCUUAUACAUGUGUGUCAGCAGUUAAAAUGCAAUGGAAUUAAUCCAAAAAUAAAGCUUGCAGUAUAUUCAG